AUGGCCGAUCUUGAAGUAGAACCAACUUUAGGGGAUAUUGUUUCUCAUGACACACUUAAAUGGGUUUUUGUCGGUGGUAAAGGUGGUGUUGGUAAAACCACAUCCUCCUCCUCCAUUGCAAUCCAAUUGGCAUUGAACAAUCCACAAAAGAACUACUUGUUGAUAUCUACUGAUCCUGCACACAACUUGUCGGACGCGUUUGAUCAAAAGUUUGGGAAGGACGCAAGAGUGGUUGAAGGAUUAAGCAAUCUAUCAUGUAUGGAGAUUGAUCCGUCAUCAUCAAUGGAGGAGUUCAACGCAUCCAAUAAGAUGGGCAUGGAUCAGAACGAUCCACUCAACAGUGUUUUGUCUGAAGUAACAUCUUCCAUUCCAGGUAUUGAUGAAGCGUUUUCCUUCAUGGAGGUUUUAAAACACAUCAAGAACCAAAAGGCAAGUGAAAACGAUACUUCCAUCAUUAAGUAUGAUACAAUUAUCUUUGACACUGCCCCAACUGGUCAUACUUUGAGAUUUCUACAACUUCCAUCUACGCUUGAAAAGCUAUUAGGUAAGUUCAACGAAAUUACAGGUAGAAUGGGAUCUUUGUUGAGCAUGAUGGGUGGUGAUCAAAAGCAAGAAAUGUUCAACAAAUUAGGUGAAAUCAAAGAACAAGUUACUGAAGUUAACAAGCAAUUCCAAGAUCCUGAAUUGACAACAUUUGUCUGCGUUUGUAUCUCGGAGUUUUUAUCCUUGUACGAAACCGAAAGAUUAAUCCAAGAUUUAAUGAAGUACAACAUGGAUGUCAAUACAAUCAUUGUCAACCAAUUGUUAUUUGCUGACGAAGACGAAUGUAAGAGGUGCCAAGCUAGAUGGAAGAUGCAAAAGAAGUAUUUGGACCAAAUGGAUGAAUUGUAUGAAGAUUAUCAUUUGAUCAAAAUGCCUCUUCUAGGUAACGAAAUUAGAGGCUUGCCUAAUUUGAAAAAGUUCUCCAAGUUCCUUCUGACCCCUUAUAAUCCAGCAACUGACAAAGAUCUUGUUUUCUCUAUUGAGGAAAGAUAG